AUGACUCAGAGCUCCGACUUCCUCUCACUGAGCUGCAGUGUAACUUGUCAAGUGACUCAGAGAUUCGACUUCGGCUCAAUGAGCUGCAGUGUAACUUAUCAAGUGACUCAGAGCUUCCACUGCGGCUCACUUAACUGCAGUGUAACUUGUCAAGUGACUCAGAGCUUCGACUUCUGCUCACUGAGCUGCAGUGUAACUUGUCAAGUGACUCAGAGCGUCGACUUCUGCUCACUGAGCUGCAGUGUAACUUGUCAAGUGACUCAGAGCUUCGACUGCGCCUCACUGACCUGCAGUGUAACUUGUCAAAUGACUCAGAACAAUGACUUCGGCUCACUGAGCUGCAGUGUAACUUUUCAAGUGACUCAGAGCUUCGACAUCGUCUCACUGAGCUGCAGUGUAACUUGUCAAAUGACUCAGAGCUUCGACUUCGGCUCACUGAGCUGCAGUGUAACUUGUCAAGUGACUCAGAGCUUUGACUUCGUUUCACUGAGCUGCAGUUUAACUUGUCAAGUGACUCAGAACUUCGACUUCGGCUCACUGAGCUGCAGUGUAACUUGUCAAGUGACUCAGAGCUUCGACUUCGUCUCACUGAGCUGUAGUGUAACUUGUCAAUUGACUCAGAGCUUCGACUUCGGCUCACAGAGCUGCAGUGUAACUUGUCAAAUGACUCAGAGCUUCGACUUCGUCUCACUGAGCUGCAGUGUAACUUGUCAAAAGACUCAGAGCUUCGAAUACGGCUCACUGAGCUACAGUGUAACUAGUCAAAUGACUCAGAGCCUCGACUUCGGCUCACUGAGCUGCAGUGUAACUUGUCAAGUGACUCAGAGCUUCGACUUCGGCUCACUGAGCUGCAGUGUAACUUGUCAAGUGACUUAG